AUGGCUGAGGGCAAGCCCCCUUCACGAAGUGAGCUACUGCCGACGGAUGUCCCUGGCGAAUUCUUGGACGCGCUGAUGGUGAGUGACCCGAUAUCCCCAGCGACUCCCGCUCACCAGCUGGCUGUGGUGAACACUGGCGAAUCCUCGGAAGAUUGCGACAGCGAGGACGACUUGGUAGAGUUCUUCGUGCAGCUCGCCGACGGAAAAGGUGGAAAGGUGGAAAGGUGCACCUUCCAAAAACUGGUCUCACGGCUCCUGACGACAAGCUCCUGCCAAGAUGUUCGUCCGCAGAGGUGGCCUACGAGAAGCUUGUUGCCGAAGUUGGUGUUGAUGGCGAAGCAACGUGAUUCAACGACGCCUGGGUUUACGCCGCCACAUACACCGGUGGCAGACGCCGCUUGUUUGGCACCACCUGCAGUCUAUUUGCAAAGCGACGCCCCCUGUCACAUCCAAGCUCGAGGCCUGGCUGCCUGGCAUUCUGUUUCUGUGGCCUGUUGGUCCCCGAGUGUAUGGGCCCCGACGGCCACAUCACGGCCGCCGGCAGUCCGCGCUGCUCGAAGCGUACCGGCACAACAGCAACUGCAGCUGCCCAGUAGUCGGGAGUCAGCUUUUGUUCCCAAGCACUCGCCGACGAUGCCCGACGCUCGCGCGCCGAGGGCGUGGCCGGUGAACGUCCACGAGCUGCCCGACACGGACGCCGCCGGGCUCGCCGUUGAGCCACCGAGCAGUGGCGUGCGCGCCACGACGCCGACACCCGGCAUCCACGGAGCAUCUUUGGCCGCCCUUGACGACAUCGCUGCGGCGGAUCUGCCUUUUGUGCGAUCAGCACUGCGGACAGCGCUGGUGACGGCCUUGAGCCGCUUGCGCGAUUCCACGGGUGCGUGGCAUGGCACCCCCGCUUCGCCAGCUUGGAAGUUGUUUCUCCUCGCCUCGCGAAUGCGCUUGGCGCGUAGAACCCACCGUGGGGCCCAGGGGCGGGACGAGCUUCUGCCGCAAGCAGCUGCGUUCCAGCGUGGUGAGUGGACAGCGCUCCUGGACACCGGCGGACGACAGGUGAAUUACCAGUAUGAAGAGGUCGACCCGCAACUCGAUGAGUGUCAAGCCGGGUUUCGCUGGGGGGCCGAGGAGCAAAUCUACACCUUGGCCGAGACGCUCAGGCUGCGUGCCAGGAAGCGUACCUUCUGUGCUUUCGUGGAUGUACGCAAAGCUUUUGAUGUUGCAUGGAGGGAUGCGGUGUUAGUUAGGCUUGCGGAGACCGGCGUUAGUGGUUCGAUGUGGUCGGUAAUUGCAGACCUCCUUUGUGAAACCACAGCUCGAGUCCGUGUGAAUGGUCUGACUUCGCAGCCUUGGACAGAAACGGCCGGCGUGCGUCAAGGGAGCGUCUUAGGUCCGCUGCUUUUCAACAUCUUGUUCAAUGGUAUUGCCGAUGCUGUGCGUGCAGUAUGUCCGGGCGUUGCGUUGGGCCCUGGCCCAAGCGCCCCUCGCGUGACACUUCUUCUGUACGCUGAUGAUCUGGUAAUCUUGGCAGAUGAUGCAGCGACCUUGCAACGUGCCUUAGAUGCUAUCGGCAACUGGGGCGCACGGUGGCGUUUCUCUUUUGGGAUUGGUCCCGAAAAAACAGCUGUGAUGGUUGUUGGGUCCAGGCUCCUGAACUUCCACUUUUCCUUGCAGGGUUGUGCCGUCCCGUGCGUGCCACACUACACCUACCUGGGUGUUACAUUCGCAGCCUCUCGAAAAUGGCGUCAACAUGAGACUCGGCUCAUAGUUAAAAGUACUCGCCGCUUUUACCAGUUUUUGGGUUGGGCCGAGAAUCGCCAGCUACACACAGGAUUCCGCAAUGCUCUAUUCCAAACCUAUGUUUUGCCUUCCACGCUGUAUGGCACACAGUUCCUUGAUUCAGCGACGAUUGCUCGCUUGGACAAGGUCAUCCGCCAGUGGGGGAGACGUUUGCUGCAAUGGCCCAGUGGUGCACCGGGGGCAGCAGUCCUUGGUGAGCUUGGCUGGGCACCCUUUCUGUUUCAGGUUAAGCGCCUGCAGUUUGGUCUUUUUGGCAGACUUUCUGCCACAAGCACGCGCGACGUCCGCAGAGGCUUGGCAGCACGCGUCUUCAAUUUUGCCCUGAGUCGACCAGGCUCUUGGGCAUAUGAGACCGCCCAGACCUUGCAUCAGGAUGGCGUCAUGUCUCCGGCAUCGUACGGGGUGCUCCCGGGAUCGGGUCUUCGACGUGUCUGGCAGUGGACUAGGCAUCAGGUUGUACAGACCUUGCAGCAACGUGCCCAUGCGAGUUACCGCGCAGAAUUGCUGGCAGUACCUUCGCUGGCCAAUUAUGCGGUCUAUCAGCCUCGAUUGCAUUGCCUGGUCAGCAUACACUCCUCCGGGCUCCCCAUCUCCGCAGUCCGAGAGUGGACCCUGGCCCGGUGUGGCCAUCACCCAUUUACGGAUGGUAGGAGCGCCCGUCAUUCGCACAGGACGGAAUCUCUGUGCCUUUGUGGUGACCAGUGCAACCUGCUUCACGCAAUUCGAGCUUGUCCAUUGCUGGCCUCGCAACGGCGUCACUGGCUCACUCGUCUGGGGUUACAGCGCGUUCCUCAGUUUGGAGAUGAUGAGUUGCUUCGCUGGAUCUUUGACCCCAGCUUGGUUCUGAACAGUCGUUCAUCUGUCAAUGCUCAUGUCCACUAUGUGGCAGCCAUCUGCCAGAUUGCUCGCAACUUGUUGGCGGGCUUGCAGCUAUGA